AAGAAGAAAAAUAAGAGAAGAACAAAGAAGAAUAUGUGGUGUGGAAGGGGAGAAUGGACCGCAUGCCUAUAAUCUCUCAUGUAUAAAUUCCAUUAAUCUCAAUGCAAUUUAUUAGAGUGUGCAAGAUCAAUGGCGAUUAGGGUUCUAGCGCGACCUGCUGUCCACAAUCUCAAAUCAAUCGUAGCUUUCCAAACCCCAAAACCCCAAUCUCUCUCCACGGUCAACCAAAUCCCAGUUUCCCGCAACAUUUCCCCACAAUCCCCGUUUAGGAAACAGAUUUCGCUCUUCAAUCUCUUCCAAAGGCACGGGUUUCCACCUUCCCAACUUCACGGAUUCCUAAAAAAAAAUCAAAUUUUCCAGAAUUAUAAUCUACUUGAACUCGAAAAAUCCUUGGGGAUUCUCUUCUCCUUCCAAAUUCCGCAGAAAUUUAUCCUUUCAUUGAUAAGUGAUUGUCCUAGGCUUUUGGAAUUUGAAUUUUUGAAGAAAUGGGAAAUGGGUAUUGCGAAAUUGGGGGUCUCGGGUGUGUCGCCGUUGAUGAUUCGGAAUGUUUUGGAAUUCUCAAGAAGGUUUGAGUUGGACCCUGAUGAUGUUUCUAGGUGUGUCAAGGUUUUGAAGGGUUUAGGGUUUAGUGAUGGUACUGUGGAUAGGAUUUUAGAGGAGUUUCCAAGAGUAAUCAUGUCGAAUGAGAGUGAAAUUCAAAGGAAAAUUCAAUUCUUGCUGGGAAUUGGGAUUCCAGAAUCUGGGAUUGAUGGGAUUUUUCAUUCCUUGCCUGGGAUUUUAGGUUUGGGGAUUGAAGAUAGAUUAGAGCCAUUGUUGGAUGAGUUUGGCAAAUUGGGUUUUAGUGAGGAUGUGGUUAGGCGGGAGAUUUCUAGAGAGCCGAGAAUGCUUGGAAUGGAAUUGGGAGAAAUGUCACGAUGUUUGGAAUUGGUAGGGACUUUAAAAUGCCGAGUGCCAAUCAAGGAGAAAAUCUUCAGGGAGGGGGCGCUUAGAGCUGGGUUUGAAGUGAAACUCAGAGUUGAUUGCUUGUGUAGGUAUGGCUUAAUUCGAAGAGAAGCAUUUGAGGUGUUGUGGAAAGAGCCAAGGGUGAUCAUAUAUGAGAUAGAGGACAUUGAGGAGAAGAUUGAGUUUUUGGUACACAGAAUGAGAUACAAUGUUGGUUGUUUAAUUGAAGUUCCGGAGUAUUUGGGUGUGAAUUUUGAUAAACAGAUUGUUUCUCGAUGGAAUGUGAUAGAGUAUCUAAGAUCAAAAGGGGGGCUUGGUUGCAAGGUGGGGUUGAAGGGUUUGAUAAAACCCAGUAGGCUAAGAUUCUAUAACCUUUACGUGAAGCCGUAUCCAGAGUGCGAAAAAAUGUUUGGUAGAUUCUCAAGAGAUGUUGAAGUUAGAAACAGACAUCCUGUUGGAUUGUGGAAGCUUAUGAAGCCACAAAAGCACCCAGAGUCCAAAGAUGAUGUGAAAAACAUGAAGUGCUUUGUGGAGUCAUUGUAGUAGUGCAGAGGACGAGGAGUGUUUUGCUCUCAAAUGACAUGAUCAUCUUGAACAUUAGCUGUUUUACCUGGUAAGCGUGGAUAGUGACUCUUCAGAAGUGCCUUUUGGUGCAUGAAUCCCUUCACCUUUUGUCUGGUUGGUUCCCUCUUCCAAGAGGCAAAUCCUUCCAUGUUUUGAUUCCUUAAUUGGCAAUGGUGACAUCAGUAUCAUCGUAUUUGGCCGGCAGGAAACCUUCAGAACUUCUGCAGCAAGUUGCACGCCACUUCAGGCAAUCCUAGGGCUCUCCAAUAUAUAGGGGGAAGAAGGUCGAAGGUAAAAGAGGAAGAGUUUGAGAUGUAAUGUGGUAACACUAACACAUGUAUUCUUUUGUAAGAGGAUUUAUAGGGGUGUUUCAUUUCUGUCAUAAGUUUUCUUCUCUUGUAGAAAAUAGCUCUAUUGAUUCUUUUUUUGUUUUUUGUUUUUA